AUGGACGUGCAAAUGGAGGGCCACGACAGCGCGGUGCACGAGGAAAAGUUCCGUGUGUACAAUGACGCGUUGGUCCAUGCAGCCACAUGCCAAGAAAAAAAGUGUAAGGCACACAAUGGACGUUGCCACAAGGUGAAGGCAAGUAUCGACCAUUUUGUGCGAUGUUACGGCCCUCGACGUAAAUUUUCACCCAUUGAAACCUGUGAAGUGUGUUCGAAGAUCUGGGGUCUGCUCUGUUUUCAUGCCAAGACAUGUCAGACGCCAGUGGGUCGACGUUGUGCAGUGUCACAAUGUGACUAUUUACGUGAUAAAAUUAUACGUAAACGGCAGAAUGAUGGACGGGAGUUACAAGAAGCUAAAGCUAAGGUACAACUCAAGUUGGAAGAGUGGCCUGUGGAACGUCGUAUAGCUCAGGUGGAGGCUGAUAGGCAGCAGGUGCUACAGCUUAUUGCCGACAUUCGAGCGGGCAAGACGCAGAUGAUACAAUCGCAGCAGCAGCAUAUGAUGUCCAUGAGAUGA